AUGGACCGGUCUACCGCAGAGUGGGCAAAUGAAGUCUUGAAGACCAGCCUGCGAUCCGGCGAAAGGACGCUCGUCAUCUCCGAUGCCGUGUCGGCACUCGCAGACAAUCCGGGACGGGAGAUCCCUAUAGACCCGAAGAAGCUCGAAUAUCUGAGGCGUCUCAUCGCUUACAUCCUCGACGGACGUGAGAUCGCUGCGACGUACAACUAUGUCUUGCUUGUUGCGCUUGCCGUCUUCACAGCUCUCCACUGGUGGCCACGGUUUCGCGACGCGCGCCGGCGCAGAACCUUUGCUGAGUCUCACGCAAACACGUCCGCCGCGAAUCUCCAGAAACGCUCCAGGCUCGCCGGUUGUCUCGAAUACUCACGAGGAGACACAUGUGGCGAAGACGUUCCGUCUUCAUCUUCAAGCAGCACGCUCGCUGGUGCACAAUCUCCGGGACGGCCCCGAAAGACCACCGACAUUGAUCUCGAGCGUCAGCCAUUACUGGGUCGCGAUAGUACCCAUGCUGCGACAACGCCGAUUAGCUCCCUUUCAAGAGUGGUUGAAUCUUGGCUGAUGUACCAGCCCAGGCCGAUACCUGUGAUCAACCGAAGCCUACCAUCCAACGGGACGUCUCUUGUCGUUCUUGCUUAUAUAUGUGUCAAUAUUUUCUUCAAUUUCUACCAAGGAUCUUUGAAGCCCGAAUACUCCUUUGCCUUUACCGACCGAGCCGGUUACGUAUUCAUCGUGAAUCUGCCGCUUCUCUAUCUCCUCGCCGCGAAGAACCAGCCGUUCAAGUUCCUGACUGGGUACUCCUACGAGGCUUUGAACAUCUUUCACCGUCGAGUGGGCGAGCUGAUGUGUUUUGAGGCAGUGGUUCAUUUUGUAGGGAUGCUGUUGUGGAAUCUGGUCUUCACCCCAGACUGGCUCAGGGUGGGCGACCUGCAAUACUUCAUGACCAGACGACUUACACUCCUUGGUCUCGGUGCCUUCAUUUCUUACGAAUCACUCUAUUUCACAUCGCUUGGCACUUUCCGUCAGCGCUGGUAUGAACUUUUUCUUGCAUCACAUGUUUUCUUGCAAGUCGCCGCACUGGUUUUCUUGUACUUGCACUUUUGGACAGCCAGGCCUUACGUACUCGCCUCUCUGGCCAUUUUCCUGGCCGACCGUAUCGUUUGGCGGCUCGGCCUCAAAUCUACAUCUGUAUGCGCGGACCUGGACAUCCUUGAGGAUGGGAACACAUUGCGACUGUCCGCAGAUUGGGACAUUCCGCGAAGUAAUAGGAGGGUGCUGUGUGGUUUCUUUCGACAGAACAUCACUCAUGGCUGGCAUCCCAUGGAUCAUGUGUUCAUCACAGUCGAAAGCCUCGGGCGAACGCACGCAUUGCAAGCGCACCCCUUCACCAUAGCUUCGGCAGCACCGGGAACGGAAUCCGAUCCCGAGGGUCCUCCCAAUCAUGCAUGGCUAAGCCUACUCAUAAGAGCACAUGACGGCUUUACGACUGAUUUGCUUCAGCAUGCGCGCUUUAAAUCCACUGUUGAUGUUCGCAUAGACGGGCCGUACGGAUCUGUUGAUGCUCUCGAGAUGCUGCAGAUACGUGACACGGCAGUACUUAUUGCAGGCGGGUCGGGCAUUGCUGUGGUAUUCCCUCUUCUGUGGGCUUUGGUCCACAGCGAAGACUAUUAUUCCUACGGCCGAGAAAUCCACCUUCUCUGGGUCAUUCACUCGCGCUCGCACCGAAGCUGGAUGCCCCAGGAGCGCUUGGAUGAGUUGGAAAAGGCCGGGGUGCACAUCACGAUACCGGAGCCGACGGCUGAAGCGGGCCGGCCCAAUGUCGACGCAUAUAUAGAAGCCCAAGCUUCUCAAGCUCGGGAGAAGGGAUUAGAAAUGGGACUAGUUGUUUCGGGGCCUGAUAACCUCAACAGGACGGUCAGGAAUGCAUCUGCUAGAGCUGUUGGCAGGGGCACUGAUAUUCAACUCCGCAUAGAGAAGUUUGGAUGGUAG